AGUCACUCUGAAGAUUUCAUCAUUACAGAACACGUUUUUGGGAAACUGAAACGUAAUGUCUACAGAUCUUGUUUCGUCGUUUGUGGCGAUUGGCCUGAGCGAACAGAAGGCAAAAGAAACUCUAAAGAAUGAGACUGUCACACAGAAUCUAAAAUCUGCUAUCGAGCAGGCAGAGAAGGUGGCCCAGGGGAAAAUGGACAAAGACGUCGGGAAAUUGCUGUAUAACAUUGCCACCAAGCUGAAGGCCCAGAUAAAGAACCACCAGCCUAUGUUAGUGGAGUACGUCGUCGCACGCAAGAUCACCACGGAGAUACAGCUCAAUGCUGCCUUGGACUAUCUAUUACAUCACCCCCUUCCCCCAGUAGACAAGGUGAAGUUUGAGGAGGAGAGUGGAGUGGGCAUAGUCAUUACACCAGAUCAAGUGGAGGCAGCGGUAGAGGAAGUGAUAGCAAAAUACAAGUCUUCAUUGCUGGAGAAGAGGUACAGAUUUAACAUGGGGAUGUUAAUGGGAGAAGCAAGGUCGAAACUAAAAUUUGCUGAUGGCAAGAUCGUGAAGAAUGAGGUUGAUAUGCAGGUUCUGGAUCUACUUGGUCCUAAAACAGAGGCUGACCUGGAGAAACCAGCCAAGCAAAAGGCUGCCAAAGACCAGAGCAACAGUGGGGCCAAACAAGGGGAGAAAAAAGAAGCACCAUCCUCAGAGAGCUUUGUGGGUGAAGACGGGGAAGUGAAAAGCUUCAUGGAGAUCAUGGGCCAGGCUAUGAAAUUCCACAAAACAGGAGAGAACUACAAAACAGAUGGAUAUGUAAUAACACCCAACACCAUGAACUUAUUAAAAAAGCAUCUCCAGGAGAUCGGAGGGAAGGUUCACACUCGAUUUCCUCCAGAACCAAAUGGAAUUUUACACAUUGGACAUGCUAAAGCCAUCAAUUUCAAUUUUGGUUAUGCAAAGAAACACAAUGGCAACACGUAUCUGAGGUACGAUGACACUAAUCCGGAGAAGGAAGAGGAGAAAUUUUUCACAGCAAUCAGAGAGAUGGUGGAGUGGUUGGGAUACAAGCCCUUCCGAGUGACGCAUGCCUCUGAUAAUUUCGACAAGCUUUACGAGAAUGCCGUGGAACUGAUUAAACGAGGUCACGCAUACGUUUGUCACAUGAAGUCGGAGGACCUGAAGGGAUUCGAUACACCAGACUCUCCUUGGCGAGAUCGACCAGUGGAAGAGUCUCUACAGCUGUUUGAAGACAUGAAGAACGGUAAAAUUGGGGAGGGGGAAGCGACCCUGAGGAUGAAGACGACUCUGGAGGAAGGAAAGAAGGACCCAGUAGCCUACAGGAUCAAGUUCACCCCCCACCACCGCACAGGAGACAAGUGGUGCAUCUACCCAACCUACGAUUACACUCACUGCCUGUGUGACUCCAUAGAAAACAUCACCCACUCACUGUGUACAAAAGAGUUCCAAUCAAGACGAUCAUCCUAUUACUGGCUAUGCAAUGCUCUGGACCUUUACUGCCCAGUCCAGUGGGAAUAUGGCCGUCUGAAUCUCAACUAUGCAGUUGUGUCCAAAAGGAAGAUUGCUAAACUCAUCAAUGAAGGAUAUGUGAGGGACUGGGAUGAUCCUCGUUUGUUUACAUUGACCGCCCUGAGGAGGAGGGGAUUCCCCCCAGAAGCCAUUAACCUCUUCUGUGCCAAGGUAGGCGUUACCAUGGCACAGACUGUCAUCGAUCCCUCCAUGUUGGAAUCCUGUGUCAGGGAUGUGCUCAAUGUCACUGCUCCAAGAGCAAUGGCUGUCCUUGACCCUCUGAAAGUGACAAUCACAAACUUCCCACCAGACCAACCCGUGUCUCUGACCGUCCCUAACUUCCCCGCCGACGAGAAGCGUGGAUCUCAUAGCAUCAGCUUCAAACCGGUGCUUUACAUAGAGAAAUCAGACUUCAGAGAGAGUGCUGACAAGAAUUACAAGAGAUUUGCAGAGAACCAGCCAGUGGGCUUACGGCACGCAGGUUUCAUCCUCACUGUGGAAAAGGUCAUUAAGGACAGCAGUGGAAACGUCAUUGAAGUGAUGGCGACCUGUAAGAAAACGAGCGAAAAGGAAAAACCCAAGGGCUUCAUCCACUGGGUGUCAGAUCCUAAAGUCUGCGAAGUCCGACUCUACGAAAGAUUAUUUUUCCACAAAAGCCCUGAAGAUCCUUCGGAGGUUCCCGGUGGAUUUUUAUCGGAUGUAAACCCGGAAUCCUUGAAGAUAAUCCCCCAGGCUUACGUGGACUCCACCAUUAAAGACGCUAAAGUCCGUGACCAGUUCCAGUUCGAGAGGUUAGGAUUCUUCACCGUAGACAGAGACUCCAACCCCACCAAGGUGAUAUUCAACAGGACUGUUACUCUGAAAGAGGAUCCUGGAAAGAAUUAGAGACUAUUAUACGCACGUACAGAGGCUGACAAUGAGAAUUAGAGACAGUAAUACGCACGUACAGAGGCUGACAAUGAGAUUUAAUGAGGGGACUCCACACAUUCUAUUUUUAUUGACAAUUACAUUCAGAUAAUGUCCUAGAGCUGUAUAUUCAAGUGAGGAAUAAAUAUCACUGAGGGGAUGAAAAA